UUAAAACGGAUUUGGAGACCACAGCCAUACAGUGUUUUACUGAAAGUUUAUUUUGGUCUUGAGGGCUUUUUAAGUCUUGUAAUUCUCGAACUGAACUUUAUUUACCAGUCAACAUCAGUGCAUUGAUGCUGUCAACGUCACUAGUGACAUGUCUACCAACGAAAUACGAAUAUUUUGUAUACACAAAUACAUAGCGAAUAUUUUGAAGUAAAAUAAAAGAUAAAAUAAAAGCUGAACUAAACAUAUAUAAUUUAAAAUCACAUAUAAUGAAUAUACGAAGUUAAAGUAUUGUAUAUGAAAUAAUAGAUUCAUAUAAAAUGAUAUCACUUCAUGUAGAAAAGGGCAUUGCCUAUGUAUGGAAUUCUGAAGGACUACCUAUGGCUUUAAGGUCGGAAGAAGCUGCCUUGUUAGUAGAGAAGGGAAUCUGUAACUUAUUUGAAAUGCCAAAUUUAACAAAGAGGCCAUCAGAAGAAGAAAAACAAAUAAUUAACGAGCUUGAACAGACAGUUCUAUCAGAACAAACUGAAGCAUUGAAAAAGCGGAAAAUUGAACAGUUGUCACAAAAAAUAGAAAUUAUUGUCGCGGGCAAGAGACAAAAACUUCUAUCUAAAGGAGUUACAGAUAUUCAAUUAGACAAGCAAACAUUACUACAAGAGGAAAUAAACAAAUUGCCAAAAUUGGCUCCCACAUAUGUAUUGAUGCAUUUACCUACAGAACAUUACAUACCUACAGAAAAGCAAACACUUGGUAUAGAUGUUCUAAGUCCUAGUGUUGUGCAUGGAACAGGGGCCAUUAAAUACAAGAUAUUUAAAUAUUUAUGGGAGAAAGGACAUCAUGUAACAACUGGAUUUAAAUUUGGCUGUGAUUAUCUUUUGUAUCCAGGAGAUCCUGUUAGAUUCCAUGCAACAUAUAUGGUGAGGUGUAUUAAUGAUCAAACUUCUACACUCAGCCCUAAAGAAUUUGUAGCAUUCGGAAGAUUAUCUGUGGCAGUCAACAAACUGGCUGUAUUGGCCUUUUGCAACAGUCAUGGAAAAAUAGAGUGCCAAACACUGCAGUGGCACGAUAGUGUUAUAUGAAAAUAAAUAUUUUUAAGUCUAUA